CACUGACGAUUUUAUGUCGAUAUUAAUAAAACUUCUCGUUCUUAUGCUUGUAAAGAACGAUACAAACAUAGAUACGAAAUCAAAAUCGAUUUACUUACAUACGUAGUUAUUCCCGUAAAGUGAAAUGUGAAAGAUAAGAGCUAAAUUAACAUAAAAUUACGGGGUUGAGUUGCCAAAAUGUUAUCCACUAGUUUAUCACUAGAGAAAGCUGAUUCUAUAGAUAGAAGCGAUCUAGUGGCAUACUGGAGUGUGCCACUAUUAGAUGGUGUUCAUACGGUAGAGUUUGAACAUGGUACAACAAGCGGAAAACGGGUCAUACGAGUGGAUGGAAAUGAGAUUGUGAGAAGAGAUUGGAUGUUCAAACUAGUCGGCGACGAGGAAUUUUAUAUAGGGAAACAAGAAGCCAAAUGUCUCUUAAAAGUAGAUCCAAUACCACACUUCGCCUUUUCUUAUAGUUUGGAGAUAGAUGGAAAACCAUUAGAAAAAUUCACAGAAAAACAAUCCCAAUCUAUCAGGAGUUGGGCAGUUAUCACCGAGGGAAAGAGAUACAGAAUAGUAUUUGAAAAGCAAACAUUAAAUAUUUACGUCAAUGGUGAGCAGGUAGAAGCAGAGAGUAACUUCGUGACCAAUGGAACAGAAAUGAGUUUUAUAAUGGGUAAUACAUCAGCGACAAUAAGGGCUGAGACGACUCAGAAGAAAGAAGGUGUUGUACAUCAGCUUUUUGUGGAUGGCAAAUGCAUUGAAGAAGAUAUUAUAUUUUAGAGCCAAGAAAUAAUACUUUAGAAGAAAUCAAUUUCACAUAAUAUUAUUACUAUGUGAUUCUAAAUUAGUAUCAAACGAAUUAUUAUAAUAAUGUAUAUUGUAAUGUCCCAGUUUUUAUUACACUCUGUAUGAUUUUCAAACAAUAAAAUUUUGUUAUAUGUUCA